GUCGCCACCAAAAUGUAAAUUAAUUAUUAGUUGAACUGUCCCUCAUAUCCUCGCAUAUCCACCGGAGAAAUUGGGAAGACCUCUGUUUAAACAUCACAUACAUUUUUGUUUCAGAAAAAGCAGAGCAGCACCAAGAAAAUAGGAGAAAAAUAAUGGGGUUUGGAGAAAGCAGAGAGCUCACAGGUUUGCAGAAGCUCAGAAGCCAAUACCAGCCUCAGUUACCGCCUGCACUUGAGGGGGGACGUGUGAAGGUAGAGUUUGGUGAUGCAACUGUUGCUGCGGACCCAUCUGAUUGUCAUGCAAUAGCCCAUUCGUUUCCUUUAACGUAUGGAAAACCGUUGAUACAUCUUUCACCAGUCAGUGGCAAGAAUGAUAUUGAGGAAUAUCCUGCCAUCAGGGUGGGACUGGUUUUUUCUGGACGACAAUCUCCAGGUGGUCAUAAUGUGAUUUGGGGUUUGCAUGAUGCAAUCAAGUCCCACAACUCUAAGAGUACUCUGCUUGGUUUUGUUGGUGGCACUGAAGGUCUAUUUGCUCAGAAGACACUAGAAAUCACAGAUGAUAUUCUUACGCCUUACCGUAAUCAAGGUGGAUAUGACCUACUGGGAAGAACAAAAGAUCAGAUAAGGACAACUCCACAAGUUAAUGCUGCAUUAACUGCAUGUCAAGAUCUAAAGUUGGAUGGACUUGUCAUUAUUGGAGGUAUUACAUCAAACACUGAUGCUGCUCAGUUAGCCGAAACAUUUGUAGAAUCUGGAUGUCAAACAAAGGUAAUUGGAAUUCCUGUAACAUUAAAUGGGGACCUGAAGAACCAGUUUGUAGAAACUGAUGUUGGUUUCGACACAAUAUGUAAGGUGAAUGCACAGCUAAUCAGCAAUGUCUGUAUCGAUGCAUUGUCUGCGGAGAAGUAUUACUAUUUUAUUCGGCUAAUGGGCAGGAAAGCAUCUCAUGUUGCUUUGGAGUGUGCUCUUCAGUCACAUCCUAACAUGGUCAUCCUUGGGGAGGAAGUGGCCACAUCAAAGAGCACGCUUUUUGAUUUGACUGCACAAAUUUGUGAUGCUGUCCAGGCCAGGGCAGAGAAAGAUAAGUAUCACGGAGUGAUCCUUUUACCUGAGGGUCUUAUAGAGAAUAUUCCUGAAAUCUAUGCCCUCUUACAGGAAAUCCAUAGUCUGCAUGGCCAAGGUGUUGCUAUUGAAAAAAUUUCAUCUCGACUUUCACCAUGGGCAUCUGCGCUGUUUGAGUUUCUACCAGCUUUCAUCACGAAACAGCUUCUCCUUCACCCAGAAUCUGAUGAUACGGCACAGUUAUCUCAGAUUGAGACUGAGAAGCUUAUGGCUCAGCUGGUGGAGACAGAAAUGAACCGACGACUGAAAUCUGGUGAAUAUACUGGAAAGAAAUUCAAUGCUAUUUGUCACUUCUUUGGCUAUCAAGCUCGAGGAGCCUUACCAUCAAAUUUUGACUGUGACUAUGCAUACGCACUUGGUCAUAUUUCUUAUCAUCUCAUAACUGCUGGUUUGAAUGGUUACAUGGCAACUGUAACAAACCUCAAGCGGCCUGUAUCCGAGUGGCAAUGUGGUGGCGCUCCAAUGACUGUAAUGAUGACUGUGAAGAGAUGGUCACGGGGCCCAGGUGUAUCUCCAAUAGGAAAGCCUGCUAUUCACCCUUCUAAGGUGGAUUUGAAGGGCAGGCCAUAUGAGUUGCUAAUGCGCAAUUCAACAAGAUUUUUGAUGGAUGAUAUCUAUAGGAAUCCUGGUCCUCUUCAAUUUGAAGGUCCUGGAGCAGACAUAAAAACUAUAACACUAUCUGUUGAAGACCAAGAUUAUAUUGGUAGGAUUCAACUGCUGCGAAGUUACCUUGACAAGGUGAGGGACAUUGUGAAACCUGGAUGUCCAGAGGAGGUUUUAAAAGCUGCACUGAGUGCUAUGGCCUCUGUGAGUGAUGUUCUCACGGUUAUGAGUGCACCAGCAUAUAGAAGUCUCACACCAUUUUAAGUAAACUGAGAGUGCUUUGUAUGAUGCAUUUCUUGCCGUGCAAACCUAUUUUUGUUGCUUUAAACUGAUUCACACAAUAAGGAGUUCUCGUGGCAGUUGUUUUCUCCUAGCUUUCUAAUCAACAAGCUGAAAUAUGCAAUGGAGGAGCUUGAGUGGGUGUCCUUUGAACAGGUCCCAAAUUAUUGCAUUCUAUAAAUAGGGAUAUUUUACGGGAUUGUCAUUUCUUUGCAUGUAUCAAUAAAGAAGGUAGAAUCAAUUUUCAAAGGUAAACGGUACACUUCACUGAAACAUGUAUGAUUUGUAUUUGUAUGAACAUUUGGGUUCAAUGUUUUAUUCAUGUUUUCUGCACAAUGCAUCUGAUGUAUGUGCUUCAAAUCA